GGGGGAUGCUUCCUCUUUUCACAAGACACUCACCGUACACGGCAGAUUGCCCUGCGACAUCUAGAAAAUACAAUUAAAAUAUGCGACUGUAUUAGAGUGUUCAGCUGGAUUCGCUUGCCGCUGUAGCAUCGCCACCAUGGACGAGCACAACACAACUCCAAUCCCCCAUCAAGCCAAACGCAUCAAGAUUCGCAAAGGCACGCGGUCUUGCUGGGAAUGCAAGCGCCGCAAAGUCAGUUGCAAGUUCCAAACCGCCCGCGAUUCCACCUGUCUCAACUGCUUCCGCCGCAAUGUCCCCUGCGUCUCCCAGAGCAUGCCCGAGCAGCCGCCGCCGUCCAGUCGCCAUACCAGCCGCCACCUCGGCGACCGAAUUACAAAGGUAGAGGACUUGAUACAGAGUUUCUUGACCAAUAGUCCACGUCCAACAUCGACCUCAGCGUCUGACAAUGCUACCUCUCCAACGCAGUCGGCAGCCUACGCCUGUGAUACGGCACAGCCAAACCGCGCAGCUCCUCCGACGCCGGCAGAUGUAAGUUGCACUCGAGCUGUCUCCAUCAGUUAAAUCGCAAAAAGCGAGAUUUCAUUUACCGAUAUUGAGUAGAGUCUUGCCGAUGCUGCCACCGUGUCGUCGCUGCUCGUACAUGGUGCACCGUAUCCGGAGCCGCCCAGCGGCCACACAGACAGCAAUGCAACCGCUCUACACCAUCUAUACGCCGCCUUUCCAACCCACGAUGAUGCCAUGCUGCUUCUCAAAGACAGCCAUCGAGUCGCUCUCUACACAGAUCUUGUCAAUAUGCAGCCGCACAGCAAGUUGACACGCGAGGCCUUGACGUCGCGCCGGCGCCGAGUGCAACUGCCCGCGCGCGCAACGACUCAUCCCGUCACACUCGCCAGGCUCAUGCUCACAUUUGCAAUUACCCUACAGAGUCCUAGCGGGCAUCAGAUUGCCGGUCUCUGCGAACCCCAGGGCGUCCUGAUGCGCCGCCUCGUGGCCGCUGCCACAACCUGGGUCACUACCAAGCAUGACAUGCACACAAGCAUCGACAGCCUCGCGUGCAUCCUGCUCGAAGCCGUCUACGAAAUCAACUGCGGCCAUCUACGGCGUGCCUGGGCCGUCUACCGACGCGCCAUGACCGUCGCCCAGCUCAUGGGCCUGCAUCGUCCCAACAUUGGCCCCGUCCAGCGUAUCGACGACCAAGACGAUACCGAUCCGGAGUUUAUGUGGUUUCGCAUCGUCUACAUGGACCGCUAUCUUAGCCUGCUGCUCGGUCUCCCCCAGGGCACGCCGGACAAGAGCAUCGGUCCUGCGGCUACGUUGCGACAAGAGCCGCCCCUCGGCAAGUUUGAACGGCUGCUAACCGUCAUUGCGUCGCGUAUUCUCGAGCGCAACGAAAGCCCCUUUCAUCUGGACGACUCGGCAACUACCAAAUCCAUUGACAAUGAUUUGCUCUCCGUGUCUAUAGCCAUGCCGUCUAGCUUUUGGCGGCCCAUCAGCUUUCAUGGCCACUCACCAGGGUCGCCAGACACUUUACUUGAGACUGUGCGGCUCUCCGCCCACGUUUACUACUACAGCUUGCUCAUCCAGCUCCAUCUGCCCUACAUGGUACAGGGCAUUGCCGCGAAUAGUGCUUCUGACGAUGACUACUCCAAAACAACCUGUGCAAACGCUAGUCGCGAGAUCAUCACGCGCUUCAUUGCCCACCGCACAUUUAACCCCAAGUCCUUGUGCUCACGCCCCGUCGACUUUUUCGCGCUGCUGGCUGCCAUGACGCUGAUUCUCGCACACUUGAAUACUCGCCACCACCCUGCUGCCGCCAAGCACCUCGCCCAUCAUCGGUCCACGGACCGCGCACUGCUGGAACAGACGCUCGAGAGGGUACAAUUCAUCAGCAGCCUCAAUAGCCAUGAUGCCAUUUACGAGAACAGCGCCGCUCUCAUCCACAGCCUGCUGCAGAUAGAGGCCUCGGGGGAAGAUUGCUACAUUGCGGACCGCAGUGAUGAAAUGCACCUCAACGCCGAGCGGGGACAGCUGCACUUACAAAUCCCGUACAUUGGCCGCAUCAAAAUCACACGACAGAACCCUACUGUCAUGCGCGAGGCUUCACAAAACAGUCCGUUAAGCCCAGGACUGCCGGCAUCUGCCCAGUAUUCUUCAUCAAACGCCGUACUCCAGACAACUCCGCAGCAAACCGACCGGCGCCUACGUGGGCAUGCCAAUGCUUCUUCGUCAAACGUGGGCAACUCGGAGAGGGUGUCAAUAGUAGAGCAGUCAAGCACCUUUGCGCAGUCGCCAGAAGUCUAUACUGCAUCAUCAACGCAAUACUCGCCCGUCAAUCCGAGCAAUCCGUUUAUGCAACAACAGCAGCGGCAGCGGCAGCACAUGGCUCAUUUUAGCUUGCAGGGUGCCGAUGGAGUGGACGACUGGACACUAGAGGGUGUUGAUAUGGCCUUUUUUGAUAAUCUACUGCGAGGCGCGCGUGAUAAUAGGUAAACUCGUAACAAAUGUAUAAGAAGGAACGAAUUGAUAUGGGGUUGUAUGAAAGAAAAAAAAAUAAUCGCGAAGAGUCGCGAUACCCUGUAAUAGAUAGGAAAAUAGCACUCAACAACGUACAGAGUCGACCGAAAGAGCUGAUUUCCUGUACUAUUGUUGUUAUAUUGGAUCCCAACUCCAGUAUUGACGUUCUCGGAGCACCACUGCCGUAGUGUGCAUACGUCGCUG